AUGGCGGCCUGCAUUUUCUGCCGUAUCAUCAAGGGUGAAAUUCCCUGCAUGAAGCUCUUUGAAAGCGAGAAGACACUUGCAUUCCUCGAUAUUGGCCCCCUGAGUAAAGGGCACGCACUUGUCAUUCCGAAGUUUCACGGUGCCAAAUUGGCAGACAUUCCCGACGACCAGUUGACCGAAAUUCUGCCGACUCUGAAGAAGCUGGUGUCCGCAACGGGAGCUACUGAUUAUAAUAUUCUUCAGAACAAUGGGACCAUUGCUCACCAGCAAGUUCAUCAUAUUCCCAAGCCGAGUGAGACAGAAGGCCUCGGUAUCAAUUGGCCCACUUCUGCCGGUGAUAUGGAUAAGCUCAAAGCUCUCUGCGAGGAGAUCAAGACUAAGAUGUGA